UCUUACACAAAGUUGACACGUUUCGCGCGCGUACGCGGUUCCGGUUCCAAGCACUUGGCUAGAGCCAAAGAUUCAGCUACAUAGCUCUCAAGAUACAGAUACAGUUACACAGUUGCAGAUACAGUUGGAAUUUGAAUUUGGUGGCGUGGCUUCUUGAAUGCUGAUAAUCAGCCUGUUUUAGUGUCGAUUAAAUGUGAAAUAAAAAUCAAUGUUACAUUUAACCAAAUGAAGUGUUUAUCAAGUGUGGAUAUCGACUAACAAGAAAAUCAGCCAAGAGAUAAGAUACUGGAACUUGCCACAAAUUUAUGUGGACGCAUAAAGCAAUGUGAGGCGGCGAGUAAUAAAAAUUAAUUAGAAAAUAUUUCACGUCAAACGUCGCGACGUGGCAUAAAAAGAAAAAUACUUCAAGAAAAGAAAGCGCACAAAAGUAUGCAAUAGAAAAAAGGCUUGUGGUUCGCUUUUCGGUUCGGGGUUCGGUGGUUAAUUUCUAAUUAGAGGCGCCACCAAGUAGCAGCAAAGCAGCCGCUCAACAAAGGAAGCGAGCAUAAGUAUUUGAGCAUAAAAUAAACUGCAGAUUGAACAAAAGAACGCUGGAAGAAGAAGUCCGGACCUUAUGCAAAGUAUAAUGAAAACUUAAAGGGAAUAUACGAAACAGAUUUCGCACACCACAAACGACAGAAAGAGAGAGGGAAAGAGAAGUGUCAGCUAACUCCAGGUUGAAGAGGAGACAACUACAACUACAAGGAACCAAUUUGAUUACAACAGAGUGCUCACUCGCUCUAUAGGAGGCACUCACUUUGGCUCGCUUUGGCCCAAAACAAUGAAAAUAUUUUCGCGUAGCAUGCGUCACACGGCCAUGCCACAACGGCAACGCGGCAAGCAGACGGCGUUGAAAAUGAAUUGCCCCAUUUUGAUUGUAAUUACCCUCGGAUGGCUGUUGCACGCACAGUGCCACCACACCGAUGUUGAUGCCGCAAUUUCAAAUCGAGGUAGCAACACUCGCUCGCUGAGCAAUGGGGCACAGUCUUUGGCUGCCUCGUCUUCAUCAUCAUCGUCGAUGACGGCGCCGCAGCCACGUUUCCUUUCGCGUGGCAACACCUAUCGCUCUGUGGUUGGCGACACUCUGGUGCUGCCCUGUCAGGUGGAGCAUCUCGGCAAUUUUGUGCUUCUGUGGCGCCGCGGCACAAAUGUGCUCACCGCCUCGAACAUCAUGGUAACAAGGGAUGACCGCGUAAGACUGAUAGAUGGUUAUAAUUUAGAGAUAUCUGAUUUGGAGCCACAAGAUGCCGGGGAUUAUGUUUGUCAAAUCAGUGACAAAAUUAAUCGUGAUCAAGUGCACACUGUUGAGAUUUUGGUGCCUCCCAGUGUUCGUGCCAUCCCGACAUCAGGUCAACUGCAGGCACGCAAAGGCGGACCCAUUACAUUGGAGUGCAAGGGAUCGGGUAAUCCUGUGCCAUCUAUUUACUGGACCAAAAAGAGUGGCACUGGCAAAUCCACGGCUCGUAUUGGCGAUGGACCCAUCUUGACCUUGGACAAACUGGAGCGACAACAAGCUGGAGUCUAUCAAUGCACCGCUGAUAAUGGAGUCGGUGAUCCGGUCACUGUUGAUAUGCGGCUCGAUGUGCUGUAUCCGCCGGAUAUUCAAGUGGAAAAAUCAUGGAUACACUCGGGCGAAGGAUUUGAGGCGAAACUCGUUUGCAUUGUUUACGCUGAUCCAGUCGCAACGGUAUCGUGGUAUCAGAACUCGUUCCCCAUUCAAACAACCGAUAGGCGAAUUAUGAACACAAGAGCCAAUCGACACACGCUCACCAUACGACACAUUCAGCAAGAGGACUUUGGCAACUAUAGCUGCGUGGCCGACAAUUCUCUGGGACGUUCACGUAAAUAUAUGGAGCUAUCUGGUCGACCGGGACCCGCUGAAUUCUAUUCACCCAAAUGGGGACGCUCCUCGGAUAGCUACAAUCUGACAUGGAAAAUUGAUAGUUACCCGCCGCUGGAGGAAGUGCGUCUGCUCUACCGACGAGUGCUCAUGAACGACACAUUCCAGCAGCCAGGCAGAUGGCAUGAUUUUAUACUCACGCCAGAACAUCGUCCAGCAACGGAGCCUCUAACACAUAUCAUGUCCUACACCAUUAAACAUCUGCAUCCAGGUGCUUACUACGAGGCGAUUGUUCAGGCCAAGAAUCGCUACGGAUGGAAUGAGGUCAGCGAUAUAUUUCAAUUUAUUGUCGCCAGCAACAGCCUGGACAUAGCCCCGGAGGACGCUGAAGUGGUUGCAAGUUCGAAGUCGCGCAGCAACAGUGGCUCAGUGAGCAGCCUGCCCCACGCCCUGCUCUUCCCAGGCACACUGCUCUUGGCCUUUGCCUUGCGUAAUAGCCAAUUCGACAGACUGCGACUUGGCUUGGGGUAAGCAACACACACACACAGCAUACAUCGAACACUCGUCCCACACAUAAAACAAAACAGCAAAAGAGAGAGAUGGCAGAGGAAAUCUUAUAAAGUCACAUGUGUAUUUGGAAGUUGGUUUAAAGUGCUGGCAAAGGCCAAGAGACAACAACUUGUAAACUAUCCAGACAACUAAGAGAGAGAGUGAGCCUCCUCUUCACUUUGAUUUUUGUUUUACCUUCUUACUGCAACUGCCACUGCAACAAAAAAAGAAAAGAAAGAAAAACUCCAAAAAGUCCCUCGAGUCCUACAGCAAACUAACCAAAGAUACAACAAACAAAACAAAACCAAAAUAAAAAAAUAGUUUUUAGUGAAAUGAAUGAAUGUAAAAAUUAUGCAAACAAAAAACCCUUAAUAACCAAAUAAUGUAAAUAAUUUUUCAAGCA